GGGAGGAGGAGGGAGUGGGGCAACCCAUCCGACGGGGAAACAGACUUCGACUCAACACCGGCACACACCAUGCUACACACGUGGAACAGUCAUGUUCGUCUGCGCAAACUGACACAAGCGCGAUAGGUAUAAGCGGCGCCGCAGCGGAACGGUGGUCGGUCCAUCCUCAUGCUAUACAGAUCGAAGAACUACAGCAGUUAAGUGACGCGGCAGCGGCGGAGACUUUCAUCAUUACGUAAGCACUUCAGCGGCUGUGUCUCUCCGCAAUAACAAAUACUAUUAAGGUUACUUUGUGCCUUUUCACCACCAUGGAUCCAACACCCACUAAAGAGACAGAGAAGCACUGCGUCCUGUGCUGCCAAGAAGUCGAUAUCUUCGCCUUAGGAAAAUGCGACCAUCCGGUUUGUUACCGCUGCUCCACCAAGAUGAGGGUGCUGUGCGAGCAGAAGUACUGCGCUGUCUGCCGGGAGGAGCUCGACAAGGUGGUGUUUGUGAAAAAACUGGAGGCCUUCUCAGCUCUGCCCUAUCAGCAGUUCCCCUGUGAGAAGAAGCACGACAUCUAUUUUGGUGAUGAGAGGAUCUAUGCCCAGUACAGACAUCUGCUGUUGUCAGAGUGUGUCCGUUGUUCAGAGCCUAAGGUCUUCUCCAGGUUUGAGGAGCUGGAGCAGCACAUGAGGAAGCAGCACGAGCUUUUCUGCUGCAAACUCUGCACAAGGCAUCUUAAGAUCUUCUCCCAUGAGCGGAAGUGGUACAACCGUAAGGAACUGGCUCGUCACAGAGCGCAUGGAGACCCGGACGACACCAGCCACAGAGGACACCCGCUCUGCAAGUUCUGUGACGACCGUUACCUUGAUAAUGACGAGCUGCUGAAACACUUGCGCAGGGACCACUACUUCUGCCACUUCUGCGAUGCAGACGGUUCUCAGGAAUACUACAGUGAUUACCAGUACUUGAGCGAGCACUUCAGAGAGAGUCACUACCUUUGUGAGGAAGGCCGCUGUGCCACAGAACAGUUCACCCAUGCAUUCCGCACUGAGAUUGACUACAAGGCCCACAAGGCUGCAGCACACAGCAAGAACCGGGCAGAGGCUCGACAGAACCGCCACAUCGACCUGCAGUUCAACUACGCCCCGAGACAACAGAGGAGAAAUGAAGGUCUGGUGACCGGUGAGGACUAUGAGGAGACACGUCACAAUCGGGGAGGAAGAGGACGGCCUCAUGGGGGACAGAAGAGCUGGAGAUAUUCCAGAGAGGAAGAGGACAGGCAGAUGGAAGCUGCUAUGAGGGCGUCCAUGGCAAUGCGCAGACAGGAGGAGAGAGGAGCAGUGCAGGAGAGGAACGCUCCCAAACACUGCAGAGAGGAGAGGACGGAGAGACCAGAACCAGAAGAGCCCAGACACAGGACUGGACCCAUCAAACCAACAAGCAAACCUCCAGUAAGAACAAUGAAGAGUACAAACCCAGGAGAAGAAGAUGACUUCCCAGCUUUGGGGGCUACAGCUGCAACAUCCAUUGUUAAGUCAGCUCCUGCAGUAGCUCCAGCACCCCGUGCAGCUUUGAAAGAGGAUGACUUCCCCAGCCUCUCAGCUGUUGCUGUUGCAUCCCCCAUGACCCCAGCUUACUCUGCCCAACCUAAGAAGACUUCCUCCUUCCAAGAGGAGGAUUUCCCCGCUCUUGUGUCCAAAAUCCGGCCCCUCAAACCUGCAGCAGGCACCAACUCUGCUUGGUCUAACAAUACUGCUGUAUCUAAACCCGUCAUUCAUCCUCCUUCCUCCAGGCCUCCCCCUCCCCUUUCAUCUGCAUCCUCUGGCCCUCAGCUCCUCUCCUCCUCCUCAGCUUCUUCAUCCUCACGGAGGAAAAAGAAAGUAGGAGACAACGGAAGGGCAGCGUCUGCUCGGUCUCCUCCCUCCUCAGAUGAUGACAGUGGAGGAAUGACGCAGCAGGAGUUCCGCUCAGUGCCCACCAUGUUGGAUAUCUCCUCUCUGCUCACUGUUAAAGGAGGCAACAGCAAACCGUCCGCUGUGACCUCCGGCUCUUCGAACCUGACCCCCAACUCCGAUCUCCCUACCUCCAAAGCCAGCAAGAAGAAAAAACAGCAGAAGAACACGGCUGCUCCCUCUCCGUCUCUGUCUACAGCUACAACAACAACCGUAAAUACAAACUCAGUGGAAACAGCUGCACAAAAGGAGAACGUUCCGGAGAAAACUUGCAACAAACCUCUUGCCAGUACUGUUACAGCGACACUGACAACUGGAUUGGCUAAUGGCCACCCUGAGAAAUCACCACCCAUUAGCAAGGAGGCAAUUGCAGUAACCCCUCAUCCCAACACAGACCCCCCUCUUGAACAAGAAGAGGAGUUUCCUGCCCUUAUGACCAAGAAACCACCACCAGGCUUCAAGUCCUCCUUCCCAAUGAAGGCCUCAGCUCCUGCCCCAUCCUCCACAGUGCCCCCACCUCCACCUGGUCUGGGAAUCUCAGCCCCAAAGCCCCCACCAGGUUUCACUGGGAUCCCCCUCAACAGCAAUGUGGUGGAACCUGCUCCCUCUGCAGUCAACCCGCCACCCAAGGUGUCGAACAGUGGUUACCUAGUGCCAGAGGACUUCCAGAAGAGGAACCUAGAGCUGAUCCAGUCUAUUAGAAAGUACCUCCAUAAUGAUGAGUCAAAGUUCAACCAGUUCAAAAACUAUUCUGCACAGUUCAGACAGGGUGUAAUAUCAGCAGCUCAGUAUCACCGCAGCUGUAAGGACCUGCUCGGAGAUGAUUUUAACCGCAUCUUCAACGAGCUGCUGGUGCUCUUGCCGGACACUGGCAAGCAGCAGGAACUGCUGACUGCCCAUGGAGACUGUAAGGCCCUGGAGAAGCUGUCGGGAGCUGGAGGAGGAAAGAAAAACAGGAACAAGAAGAAUGCCUGGCAGACACCUACCACAGUGGCUAAUGUAGCAGCCGAGCUGGACUGCCAGGUGUGCCCCACUUGCAGACAGGUACUGGCCCCCAAAGACUUCAACUCCCACAAGACCCUGCACAUCAGAGAGAAUGAGGAGUUCCCUUCCUUGCAGUCAAUUAGCCGUAUCAUUAGCUAGCCCCUUGUUUUUUCCUCCUUUUCCUUUUGCCACUGGGCAAAUUUUCAGUUGCCCCAUCAAAACCCCGCAGGAGCCAGUGUGGGAAAACAGCUGCCUGUUUACUGUGUGACGACGUCUCAGUGGAGCUUGGGGCCUGUUGCUCAUAUUGAAGGUUAAUUUAAGAUGGUUUAAGGUGUUUUUACUUUCAGAUGAGGGUUAUACUGAUAGGUUUGUGCGAAUGGUUUUACAGUUUAAACACAUGGGGUUGUCCCAGCUCAACUCUUCUUUCAACUCACAUCCUCUGAGGUCGUCUCCAGCUGGCACUGGCAUUGGCAAUGUUUAACCAGAACUAUCAGUUUAUUUAAUGACAGCAGAGAGACAAGCUAAGGCUUUACUUGAAGAAUGUUUUGCUCCCUAAUACAAAAUUAUAUUGAUUUACAUUUUGUACAAUGCUCUGCUUUCACUUCAACCCAAUCACAGAAAUGUCUUUUGUCAACAUCAGCGUUGAUAAAGUUAUGUAUAAUUCCCUAGAGGGUCUGCUUGUGGUAAAUUACACAAUAAACACAAACAUGUUCAUUUCAA